AUGGUGGCCUACGGGCAAGCAGCUGGGGGCCGCUCCUGGGCCAGCGCCGCGGCGGGCGGCAAGGCCAAGGGCAGCUGGAGUUACUGGGAGUGGAACUGGUGCUCGCUCUGGAAGUGCCGCGGCUGCGACCGCGUGGCCCCGCCGUGGGUCAAGGCAGCCCGGCCGCCCGCGGCUGCUGCCGGCCAGGAGCCGCCCGUCGCCGACGCCGAGGGCUUCGUCGCCCAGCCCCGUGGGAGGAAGGCGAGGCGCCAGGCCAAGCGCACGGCUGCCCGCGCGGCAAGCGCUGGAGCCGCCAGCCAGGAAGGAGUCAGCGAGGCCAGCAGCGGGCAGCAGUCGGCCGUCGAGCAGCACCGCCUGGAGGCCAAGCGCAUCGAGGACUUCCUCGCGGCCCCUGGCGGGUCCAUCGACGAGGGAUGUCUGCAGUCGCUGCGCGCGGCCCUCGACCGAGAGCGGCGCAGGCUCUCGGCUGCCGAGGCGGCGCAGGCGGAGCGCAGGAAGGCCGACACCCCCCUGCCCAAGGCGGUCGAGGAGUGCCGCGCUGCUCUCGAGGCGCACCGCGAGGAGCAGUUGGCCGCAGAGGCCAGACAGGCCAAGGAGGUCGGCGCGGCCUUCGUCGGCACGGACCUGCUCGGGAUGGUCCGCGGCCUCAUCCAGCAGGUCGAGGCCUUGCCCCAGGGCUUCGCCGCGGGCAAUGGGGAGGCCGCCUUCGCCGAGGUCGCCAAGCAGAUUGCUGCGGCCCGCAGGACGCGGCCGAGCGCGGCCAAGCAGCACGCCGAGGAGAGGCGCGCGGAGCGUGGCCCUCAGCCCAGCCGUUGGCUAGGGACCUGGCCAACGCUGGGGCAGCCCUCCUCGACGACCAGCCGCUGGCUACUGCUGCUGGUGGCCAUGUUGCUGUGGGUCGGCGUCGGGUUUGACGUCGACUCGGCAGGCCAGUGGUCGGUUGACAGCAGAAGGGUCAGACGGCGCCUGAGCGAGCAGGCCGCUGACGAGCGGGUGGCCGAGUCCCUUGACGGGCGCAGCGAAGCCAAGGUCCUGGGCUGCAACGGUAACGUCUGGAACAGGGGCGUCGAGGUCCUCGAGGCCUUCUUCCGCGCCCACCAGUACUGGCCGCAGCUGGUCCUCCUUCAGGAGACGCGGCUAACCCAGGAACGGCUCCCUGGGGCCAGGGCGCUUGCUCGCCGCCUCGGCUACGCCGCUUUCUUCCAUGAGGCGGUGGCGACGGGCCAGCCUGGCCCGAACGCCACGUCGGGCGGCGUCGCGAUCCUGGUGAGGGCUGGAUUCCAGGCCGAGGAGUCAGCGUGCCAGCUCCCUGCGGCCCUGCGCCACCGCCUCAUCGGCGUCGAGGUGACGGCUCCGUCGGGCCUCUGUCUCCUGGCCUUGGCUCGGUACUUCCAGCACUCCUUGGGCCCGCGGGGGAUCAACCUCGACCUCUUCUCCUCGGUCUCGGACCUCGUGGCAUCCCCGCUCGAUUUGCCCUGGGUCCUCCAGGCGGAUUCCAACAUGGAGCCCGAGCCCCUGCAGGAGCUGGGCUGGCCUGCAGCGGUUCGCGGUCAGGUGCUCGGGCCCUCUGAAGCGACCUGCGUUGCCCAGGGCCUGGAGCACGUCUACGACUGGUUCGUCGCCUCGUCCGACCUGGCCACGUGCACGGUGUCCUGCGCGAACACGCUCAACGACUUCGGGCUGCACCCGCACUCUCCAGUGCUGCUGCGCCUCCAGGACGUCAGGUGCGAUGCCCUGGUCGAGGUGCCCUCCCGUCCUGCUCGGCUCCCAGAGGUGGAGGUCAAGGGCGUGUGCUCCCGCGAGGACGCCGUGGCCCAGGCCUUCACUGUCGGCAAGCGCGGGAAGGUGUCGCAGCAGGAUGUAGCUUGGUCGUGGGCUCAAGGUUCGUGCCCGACCAGCCUCUCGGCUGCUUUCGGCGAGUGGAUCGAGGCGGCGGAGGGUACCCUCACGGGCAUCCACGAGAUUGCGCCAGGCGGCCUGACACGCUACCUUGGGCGAGCGGCAGGGCCUAAGACCAGGCGCAUGCCCUUCAGCGCGCUGGUGCAGCGUGAGGCCAGGCUGAAGUACAGCAUGCUGACCCACCGCCUGAGGAGCUGCCUGGCGGUCGCCCUCCAGAGGCUUCGCGCAGAGCAGGCCAGCAGGUGGCACCCGACCCACUCCUGGUGGUUUGAGCAGCAGGCUGCGGCGAGGGCGAAGCUCCUGGACGAGGCGACCCAUGAGGAGGCUGGCCUUCGGAGCGCGCCCCUCCUCGGGGCGUCCGGCGUGAAGUGGGGGGACCUCGCCUUCCACGCGGGGGUGAAGGGCUGCCCCACGGCGAUCGCCAAGCUACAGUCGUGGCUCCUGGCGUCCCAGAGGCGCGAUGCCGCAGAAGGAGCUGCCGCUUGGCGCAGUUGGGCCCAGACGGCGGCGGAGAAAGGAGGCCGCCUGGCCCACCGCUUCUCCAAGGCGGCUCCCACGCCUGUAGUCAGGGACGCCGACGCAGGGAGGCCCCUCGUCGGCAUGGACGCCGUUGACCAGCUCACGCGUACGUGGCAGCGGCUCUGGCUUCAGGAAGGCUUCUCCAGCGGAGUCGGAGCCCACCAGUGGGACGUUGGAUCCUG